AAGAUGUUCCAGCUGACCCAGAGUCACAUCCAUGGCCAGCCAAUUGGACGCAGAAACUACAGAAGUAGACUUGUUACCAAAGACGGGCACUGCAACAUUGAGUUUGGCAACAUUGAGUACAGCGGCCACUUUGCCUUUCUGGCAGAUUUCUGGACCACCUUUGUUGAGAUCCGCUGGCGCUUCGUCGUUCUCCUCUUUGUGGCUUCGUUUACAGGUAGCUGGUUCAUUUUCAGCCUGCUGUGGUACUGGAUUGCAAAGAGCAAUGGGGAUCUGACAGGACAGAACCGUACAGAUGGGCAUGUCCAGUGUAUAGACAACGUUAAUGGCCUCACAACAGCUUUCCUCUACUCUCUGGAAACCCAGACCACCAUUGGGUAUGGUGGCAGAGCACUGACUGGGCACUGUGUUGGCACAGUGGCUCUUAUUAUCAUCCAGUCUCUCAUUGGAGUCUUCAUCAAUUGUUUCAUGUGUGGAGUCAUUUUGGCCAAGAUCUCACUACCUAAGAAAAGGGCAAAGACUGUAACAUUCAGUGACACAGCUGUCAUCUGUUUGAAGAGAGGCAGUCUUUGCCUCCUGAUCAGAGUGGCCAACCUACGAAAGACCUUAUUAAUAGGAAGCCAGAUCUAUGGCAAGCUGCUUAGGACAACAAUCACACCAGAGGGAGAGACUAUCAUUCUUGACCAGGUGGAUGUGGACUUUGUGGUGGAUGCUGGCAAGGACAACUUGUUUUUUGUGUGCCCACUGACACUGUACCAUGUGAUCGACAAAUCAAGUCCAUUCUAUGAGAUAUCAGCAGACAGCCUUUCCCAGCAAGACUUUGAAUUGGUGGUCUUCUUGGACGGGAUGGCAGAGUCCACUAGCUCUUCCUGUCAAGUUCGGACUUCGUACAUUCCACAGGAGAUCCAAUGGGGAUACAGCUUCCUGCCUGUCAUCUCCCGCACCAAGGUGGGCAAGUACCGAGUGGACUUUUCUAACUUCUCCAGAAGUGUAUGUGUCACCACACCACACUGUGCUCUAUGCUUUGAGACGGAUGUAGAUCACCAUAACCAUAACAACCCCAACCAGCAUCAGCACAGGAAGCUGGGUAUCAACAACCCUGGGUUCCAGGUGAUUGACAUUCAUGAAUCUAUGGAUGUCACUAAAAUGUGA